AUGCACCACACUGAUCACAAACCCCUCGUCCUCACUACUGGCGGUGCCGGUUUCAUUGGCAGUCACACCAUUGUGGAGCUCCUCGACGCCGGUUAUGACACUGUCAUUCUGGAUAACUUUUGUAAUGCUAGCAAAGGUUGCAUAGCGAACCUCGAGAAGGUGUGCGGUCAGAAAAUAAAGACGCGCAACAUCGACCUCCUAGAUAAGGAUGCUCUCACAGCCCUCUUUCACGAGUUCAAGUUCGACUAUGUUAUCCACUUCGCCGCGCUCAAAGCCGUAGGCGAGUCAGUACAGAUGCCCCUUGAGUACUACCAAAACAACAUCACCGGUUUCAUCAAUUUGCUGCAGGUGAUGGUAGCGAACAACGUGAAGAAACUGGUUUACUCAAGCUCUUGCACAGUUUAUGGAGAUCCUUCGAAGCUGCCUCUGACAGAGGAAGCACCGACGGGUCACUGUGCCAACCCUUACGGACGCACUAAGUACAUUGGAGAGAUGAUUCUUGAGGAUCUGACCCAUUCAGACCCGGAGUGGUCUGUAGUCAAUCUUCGUUACUUCAACCCAGUGGGUGCGCACAAGUCGGGUCUCAUUGGGGAGGACGCGGGUCCUGCGCCGAAGAACAUCUUCCCCUGCCUCACCAAAACUGCCUAUGGUCGUAUGCGGGAGGUCGUCGUCUUUGGCAACGAUUACAAUACUCCAGACGGCACUGGUAUUCGAGAUUACAUACACGUGGUGGAUCUCGCCAAAGGGCACGUUUCGGCUGUGAAAUACCUUAACAAAUUCACAGGUUGCAAGUCAUUCAAUCUCGGUACAGGGAAGGGAUACUCCGUAAUGGAACUAAUUAAGGCCAUGGAGAAGGCAUCAGGGAAACCCGUGAAGUACCGUUUCGAUGCUAGACGUGGUGGUGAUAUCGCUAUGGCUUAUGCGGACACGACGUUGGCAGAGAAAGAACUCGGGUGGAAGGCGGAGAAGGGCCUCCGCGAGAUGUGCGACGACGCGUGGCGCUGGCAAUGCAACUUCCCCGACGGAUAUCCAAAAACCACUAAGAACGACAUAUGA